CUCAGACAAAGUGGUUGUAGUCUUGGAAUUCAACACAACCUUUAUAUAGCAACAAAUCAAGCAUGAUUUACUGUUUCCUAGUUUUGUUCUUUUCAGUCUGAUCCCCCAUUCAUACCAGAUUCUGUGUCUCUGUCUUUCAUCUUUACAGUCUUUUUCUUGAAUGCUUUCUGGGUUUUGUUCUCCCUUUUUUUGAAAAUUGGGUUUUGUUCUCCCUUGUAAACCUCUCUCCCUCUUGCUCCACUCUGUCAAUCAGGGUACCCAUUUUAUCCAAAAAGAUUGAAGUUGCUGUUCAAAGCGAUUAGCGUACUGCAUAUGUUCUGCUAGCCCGUGUUGCAGAAAUUAAGGUGGGAUGGGGCGGGCAACAAUGUUGUUUCUGGUGCUACUGUCGUUUGGAUUUUUUCUAGCAACUUAUAAUGUGAUGAUGACAAUCAUCCACUACAAAAUAUAUGGGUAUGGGGAGUGGAUCAUCAGCGGUUUGGGCAGCCAAUCUCGUGGUGAUCCAGUUCUGCAGAUGCCUGAGAAAACGAGAGGCCCGGGAAUGGGGAAACCGCGAUUCCACAUUGCUGUCACAGCUGAGAGCUCUCUUUAUAGCAAAUGGCAAAGUAGGAUUAUGUACUACUGGUACAAGAAACAGAAGGAUUUGCCCGGAUCAGAGAUGGGGAAGUUCACGCGAAUUCUCCAUACCGGAGCGCCUGACAAUCUGAUGGAUGAAAUCCCGACAGUCGUCGUUGAUCCCCUCCCGAACGGCCUGGAUAUGAACUAUGUUGUCCUAAACAGACCGUGGGCAUUCGUGCAGUGGCUCGAGAUAGCUACAAUCGAAGAAGAAUACAUUUUGAUGGCAGAACCCGAUCACAUUUUUGUAAGGCCUUUGCCUAAUUUGGUUUUCGGGGACUACCCUGUUGGCUUCUCGUUCUUCUAUAUCGAACCAUCUAAACACGAGAGAAUCAUAAGGAAGUUCUUCCCCGAAGAGAAUGGCCCCAUAACCAAAAUCGAUCCAAUUGGGAACUCUCCCGUUAUCAUCAAGAAGGAUUUGCUGGAGGAAAUUGCGCCAACUUGGUUGAAUCUUUCUGUGAGAAUCAAAUAUGAUCCCGAGGCUGAUGAAACGUUUGGCUGGGUUCAGGAAAUGUACGCUUAUGCUGUAGCUUCGGCUCUGCACGGGGUGCAACAUCUUCUCAGGGAAGAUUUUAUGAUACAGCCUCCAUGGGAUCUGGAAACCAGAAAAAAGUACAUUCUGCAUUUCACUUAUGAUUUGGACUACAACGCGAAGGGUGAGAUGAUGCCUUAUGGGGUUACUGGAGACUGGGAAUUCAAAAAGAGAAGCUAUUUCUUUGCGCCACCUCCUAGAAACUUCUCAUUGCCCCCUCCGGGGGCACCAGAAAGCGUGGUGACUCUCAUCGAGAUGAUAAAUGAAGCUACUGCCAACCUUCCUGACUGGGAUUCGUUGCGGUGAGCUGUCAUGAAGCUAUGGUUUUGAGAUGCAAGGGAAGUGAAGUUUUUGGUUGAGCUUAGUGUAGAAAGGAAAAGGGAAAGGGAAAGGGAAUGGGAAUGGUAUAGUGUAGACACAGCACAAGCAGUAGUGGAGUAGUUGGGAUGAUUGUGAAAAUUUUGUGCAAUUGAGUGGGAGAUUGAGUGGUUUUGCAUUUGAUCAUAACUAACACACCAUGGAGGGAGCAUAUAGCUGCACAAUUGCUCUGUGAUGAUAUUGGCUCCCAGAAUGCUAUUUUUCUCCCAACCAGAUUCCCUUUCUCUAA